AAAUCCACACUGAACAGCACACAGUGAACGAUCAUGGGAGAACAGUUGCGUGAACCACACACGUUUCGCCUGUUUGGCGACCACUUGGGCAAAUCCAAGGCUCCGUUGCUCCACAACACGCUUUUCCAGCUGAUUGGAAUCCCGUGGAGAUACGAGAUCCACGAGACAUCUGACCUGGACGUGAUUGAGGGCUUCAUACAGGGCACGGGGUUCGUUGGGUGUGCCAUCACGAUGCCAAACAAGGUGAGGGCGAUCAAGUGUGUUGACGAGUUGGAUUCCAUCGGAGCAGGGUGCGGGUCCAUCAACACAGUGUACCUGAAGGACGACGGCCGUGGCGGUCACGUGACAGUUGGCACCAACACCGACACCGUGGGCAUUAGCCAGUCUCUGAAGUCCAAUUACCCCGAGGAAGUCAGUGAAGGCCGUGGAAAGCCAGAGUUGGUGUACGGAGCAGGCGGUGCGAGCCGCUCUGCCGUGUGUGCGCUGUAUAAUCUGCUUGGUGUUUCCAAAGUGUACGUUGUGAACAGAGUGAAGGAGGAAGUUGACAGCCUGAAGGAAGAUCUCGAGACCAAUGGGUUCCAAGGCGAGAUAGUCCACGUGACUUCACCGCAGAUGGCGUCCACUCUGGAGGCCCCGGUGAUUGCUGUUCUCACGGUUCCAGAUUUCGAGCCCUCCAGCGAGGACGAGCUCCCAGCAAAGGCAACGCUUGAUAUCUUCAAGCAAAAACACCGGACUAGGCUCUUCCAGGAGUUUCUGGGGGCAGAUUGGAAAGUGGUGAGCGGCGUAGAGGCCAUGAUCCACCAGGGCGUUGCACAACAAGUUCUGUGGACAGGCAUUGCCUUAGAAGAACUGCCUGUUGAUGAGGUUGUUCAGCGUAUUUAUAAAUCAAUAGAGAACUAGACGGUAAACACCGAUGCCGUGUGUUUACGAAAAGCGAACAUGAA